UCUCGCAGGCAGCGCCGCCGACCGUCCUCUCUCCACUCCUCCCCAGCUCUCCCAGUUCACGGAGCUCUGCCAUCGCACCAGUCCGGCGUCCUUCUCUCUCUCGCUCCCCCCUCUGCGCCCCCUCCUCCGCUUUUACCCGCAGAUUUGUUCGACGGUUCCCCCGGCUGGCAGGAGGAAGCGUGUCGGCGAGCCGCCCCGUGGAGAAGCAUGUGAUGACUCACGCAAGGCAGAAGGGUUCCCUUAGGCACAGCGACGGCAGUGCUGAUUGGUGGGACAACUGCCCUCUUUGGCCACAUGGUGGCACUAUGGACGGCGCCCAGCCUGAGCGCUCACUACGAUUCGGGAGGACAAAGAAAAUAAGUGAGGUCAUGAAACAAAGGAAAGACCCGGCCAAGAGGAUGAGUGACAAGAGAAGGAGGACUGAAAAGUCACAUCAGAACAGAAAACUCGACCGGAGGCGUGACAAGAAACGGGACAGGAAGUCGUAUCCUUUACGGGGGAGGGCUGGGGUUUCAGAUGGGGAGGGGCUCAGCUGCCAUGUCCUUCUUACCCGUUUGGAGGAAGGCGUCCAUGAAGAGGAAAGUUCUGAAGACGGGGAGCAUAGGGAUGCACGCCGAGAUUUAUCUCUCAAACCCAAACCUAAAAAAGGGAAAGGCAGCGAACGAAAACAGAAGUCGUUACCAAAAACGAAAUCAAAGUCAAACCGCCCUCGUCAUGGUGAGUGUGUUCAUGUCCCUCAACCUCGCAAGCGCAGACUGGCCUCUCUAAAUGCUGAGGCGGUGAACAGUCUGCUGCUCGAAAGAGCCACUGACCCUCAGCCGGCAGCCAAACAGGCCCGGAGACAGGAAGAGCCCACGAAUGGAGGGAUGUCCCUGGAUGCAGAUUCAACCAGGAGCGGCGUCCCUGGAGGUCUGAAGGCUUCACGGGGGAAUAUCAGCAGAGCCUCCGUGUCUCACAAACUUGAACUGUGCCAAAGCUCGAAGCAGGCCAAGAAGGCCAAAGCCAAACGAGAGGCGAGCGGGGGGAUGAGUCAGGAGAGUCUGGACGCCCCCGCCCCCAGAAGAUUGGCUGGACUCAACGCCGCAGCCCUGCUGAAGUUAACCAGCUCCUCCGCUACCAGUAAGCAGCGAGUAAAGGCCGCACCCACAGCUACUAUCACAUCAGACUGCAAGGCUCCUGCUGCGGCCUCAACCCCGAAACAGCACUCCAGAGUCAAACACAAGGGGCGCUCACAAAAGCAGAAGGGGAAAAAGGUCGCUGCGCAGCACAGUGGCUGCACAGCCUGCAAGAAGAAGGCGGACUUUGAGCCCAAAGUGGAGUGGGAGACCGGCGGCUGCACCCAUCGACUGACCAAACCUGGCUACCAGUCACGCAGCAUGCUAGCGUACCCGCUAAAGCAAGUGAAGGAAGAGCAGCUGGAGACUGAACUGAGCCCGUACUACUGCUGUCCCCCAGAGGGCUCAGUGGAAUACUGCCACCGCCUGGCCUUUUUCCUGGGCCAGCAGCCCUACGGAGAAUCCGACGAUCAGCCACUUAACUCAGCCAUGCCCCCUGUGAAGCGCGAGUGCCUCGUAACCUCACCGUCCCUGACGCAUUCCCACCCGCACACAGCCCUGACCCUCAGCCCCCACCCCUGCCUCUGCACGGCUGACCACUGCUUCUCCAGCUACUACGUCCACAUCGCCCACCCGACACACACUGGAACGACGUCAGCAAACCUGGCCUCGCAACCUCUGAACUUUGCACCCUCCAGUUUAUGCCAUAACAGGAUGACUGGCUCCAAGCUGCUGGGUCCACGGAUGUCUCACGCCUCGGGGCUGGCCCACCCCGCCUACUGCAACUCGGUGGCUUCGCCCUGUUACAGUGACGCCUGCGGGAUCAGUGGCUACACCUACAGAGCCAUGCCUCCCGUCACCAGCAGGGGUUGCUCUUUCAGCACAGGAUGCACCGGAUGCACGCACAGCAUCAAAACAGAGGGUUACUCCUCCCCUCAGGGUGACCACAGCCCCUCCCUUCUGGUUCCUCCCUCCCUGCCCAUGUCCAGCUGCCCUCUAUCCAGUGUGCCCACUUCCACCCAGACUAAACCCCACCUGCUGACACCCCUGUCGGGGCGAGACCAGCCCCAGGCCAGGUUAAAGCUGGCCAGAGACUGCCCGCAGAGCGCCAAGCCCUCCAACGGCUCCCUGCCCGUGGGACGCACACGGCUUCCCCAGAAGCAGCCGUCGCCCUUACCAAGCCUCAGCGGCGCCAAACAGAAGAGAGUCAGCCGCAGACGUGCCACCAACGGUUGGCGGCCUGUUGGAAUACCUACAGAGAGGGAGGUCUUUAUUGCGGGAGAGGAUGAGACGGCCCUGCGGCAGUGUUAUGAAGGAGUCGAGAGGGAUGGUGAAGUGAUACAUGUCAGAGACACUGUGCUGCUACGAUCAGGCCCCAGGAAGAAAUCCCUCCCAUAUGUUGCCAAGAUAUCAGCGCUGUGGGAGGACCCCAAAACAGGAGAGCUGAUGAUGAGUCUUUUCUGGUACUACCGACCUGAGCACACCCAGGGAGGCCGAGAUCCCAGCACACACUGUGAGAAUGAGAUUUUCGCCUCUCGGCAUCAGGAUGAAAAUAGUGUGGCCUGCAUAGAAGACAGAUGCUACGUUCUCCCACUAGCCCAGUACUGUAGAUUUUGUGCCUUGGUGAAGCGGCGUGCUGAAGGCGCUCCGCCUGGCAGCGCCAGCAUGGUGCCCUGCCGCCCCGACUUCGCCCCCCCUUCCCACCGCUGUGUGCCCACAGACGUCGACCCCGAGCUGGUGUAUCUCUGCAGGCACGUCUACGACUUCCGCUACGGACGCAUCCUAAAGAACCUGCAGUAGAGGGUAGAGGGGGUGACACAACCAUGAAUUAAUCAUAACGUGGCUCCCCCUCCUGCGCAGAGGUGGGGGGUUGCCGAAGGACUGGACACCCCUGUGUUUUCUGCUGGGGAAUGCUCGUGAUCAGAGGGAAGGAGGACGAUGGGGAGGGGCCGGUUUUGGAGAGGACAGAUGAAGCAAAAAGUGUUUGUGACACAUUAUGAAGCACAGAUCCCUUUAGGUGACUACAGAGGGGUUACAGUGUGAUAGAUCAAUCCAUCUCAGUCAGAGCACCAAUAUCUCCUUUUUGGAAGAGCCAGGAAGGGAGAGUUCAUUCAUCAGCUCGGAGUUUUCAGCCUCCACAGCACUCUGAGGUUGCAUGGAGGCUUGCGUGCCCUCGCCUGCCAGGAACGCCAGACUGAACCGGGCUACUGUCAGGACCACGUUUCCCCCAAAGCAUCUUAGCACAACAAUCAUGUUUGUUCCAUUUGUAAGCCAGUGGCUCAGGAAUGGUCCGGCGCUGAGGUGCUUCCCGGGGAACACAAGCCUGCGCUGUCAGCCCAAUGUUAACGGUGUUCAGCCAGCCAGGGUGAAGGAGCAGCUAAUGGAGAGUGUCGUCUUAUUUCUCCUGAUUUGAGUUCGUCUCACUUGUGUGUGUGUGUGUGUGAAAGCAGCGAGUGGGAGAGCGAGUGUUGUCGGUGUGGAUAAAUGGAUAAAUGUGGGUAUGUGUGGUGGUUUUUUUAGGAGGCUUUCAGGCAAUCAAACCAAACAAGCAGCUUUAGAGGAAGCGGAGCCCCCCCCCCGUGCCACACUGACAGAUACAUUUUCAUCUCGCGCGAUGCUCUGCGCAAACUAAAUAUACUGUACCUGAAGGGGACGUGUGAGACGGAUCUUUGUCUACCAAACCGUGCUCGAGAGCAGGGCCUCUUUAACUGCGGGUCAGGACACUAAAACCAAUUUGAUUAGCGGACACACACGUGACAAAAGAAGGUGGAUUUCCAAACUAGCUUCCUUGUCAGCCACAGUUCUAGCUUGAAGAAGCCUCGCGAGGCCUCUUGAGAGGCUCUUCAAAUGUCAAUUAGAGAGAGCCUUUACUGAGGAGGUGAGACGCUCCUCAGCCCUGUGAAGGAUUAUCAAGACGAGGGCCAUCGCUCUGUGUUUUUUGUUUGUUUUUCCCCAUAUUGUUCACCUUCUCUUUUCCCUGUGACUUGCCUUAUGACUUGCAGGUAGAGCUUUAGGCAGCUAGUCUCACCACAUACAGCUCGGUAAAAGCGGUAAAACGGGUGUACUGUAGUCCCCAAGAAAAAGGAUUUUGUUGGCGAUUGAGUGACUGUCUGACUGUCUGACGGCUGUGACUUUAUCACUGGACAAAAUGCACUGGUUCAGGGCUGCAGCUAAUGGCUGCUUUUCAUUGUCGAUUAAUCGUUUUGUCAAUGAAAAGCGGCAGAAUAGUGAAAAACGCACCUGUAUGCUUCCCAUAGCUAAGAUGACGUGUUCAGUCGUCUUGUUCUGUUCAGCCAACCGUCCAAAACCCAAAGAGAUUCAGUUAAAAUGAUUUUCCAGCUAUCAAGACUGUUUCCUAUCAACUUUCAGUCAGUGGCCAAAUGAAUGAGCAGACUCACGGUCGCAGCUCUGCGUUGGUUAGAAACACAGUGCACUCCUCUUGUCGUCGGCCUGCCGGGCUCUAGCUGCUAGCGUUACAUCCUGAAGCCUCGCGGUGUCUCCAUUUUGCCCGUUCUGAUUCUACAUCCGCACCGAUCUUUCUCCUCCUCCCUCUCCUCCCCCUGAAGAUAAACCAAAGGAUGUCACACAAGCCACAGUCCCCGUCUCCUCCUUGCACUUCUUCUCCUUGUCAGCACUUCUGCCCCCGUUCCCUUAUUAUAUUGCACUAAUCCAUUCCCUAAUUACAACAAACGUGUGUAACUUUUUUUUUUUUUGGUUCCAGCUACUAAUAUCUUACCAGGGGGAACAUGCUGUGUAUCAUUUAUGUGUGUGUGUGUGUGUGUGUAUGUGUGUGUGUGUGUGUGUGUGUUUCGUAGAGAAGGAAACAGUAAGGCUGUCAUGGCUGCUUUUGUCAGUGCAAACUGUAUAUUUCUAUUCUUUCACCAGUAGAGGAGUCGGCCAGCGUGUUCGCCGUGUUAUCUGAUACACAACCUGUUCAGUCCCAUGGAAUAUAUACAGUACACAUAUAUAUUACUAGAGUCAUUCCAUUUUGAUUUUCCAGUCAGCUCUGACAUACAUAAAAAUAUACAGUAUAUAUAUAAAUAUAUAUAUGUAUGUAUCCACACUGUUAAUGUGAUAAGAUUUGAAAAAGGCAUCUGGAUGGAGGCCUGACGCGCUGUGUGGACAAACGUAGCACCAUGUUAGAUGUGUAUUUGGAUUGAAAGCGUAGGGGUGUGUGUGUGUGUGUGUG